AUGUGCCCGUUGAAGAUCACAAGGUGCAAAACACCUACCACAGUAUACACUUCGGUGACCCGAGCAAUGCCUUUGUAUGAAAGGCUGGGCUGUGCGUGCAGCCCAAUGCGCCCAAUGCAUCUGAAGCUUGGUGUAGGUGUAGAUGUUGAAUGCAACCACCAACCCAUGGAGGGCGGAAAGGGGGAAAGAGCAAAUGGUUGUGUUCAGGAGGCUGACGUGUGUCAAUGUGGACCAUCCUCAUCAGCCCUGGUUGCCGCGCGGCGUCGCACUUUUGGUGGGUACACGCCCGGCCGCGCAAUCUCCCGCUUUGUGCCCACCAGCCUCCCGCUGCGAUUGGCUGUUCGGCUGGGAAUCCGCAGGCGGACGUAUCUCAACUCAGCGUGGCCCCGCCUGGGGGAUCGGAUGCGCACUUUGGGGGGCAUGAUUCCUGCGCCACACACAAAGAAAGGCCUCCCAACCGGGCCCGUCGCCUUGCGACCACGGCGUCCAGCCGCCUCAGCAUUCCACCUGCGAACGGCACGAAGCCUUGACCGGACCGCGUUUCGUCUUUGCUGCUCCCCGCUGUAUCACGGGGCGCUUUCGUCAAACAUGGCGUGGGGGCCCUUUCGUCGGGAGUCCAUGGAUGCCGGACAGGGCCCUGCCCGAGUUCCGCUGGAUCGGCUAACAAGGCUGCCAAAGGUGCGGGCGUUGUUGACCAGGCUGGAUCAGCUUCCAAGAGUAAAGGAAGACGACGGGGCGGGUCAGCAGCGCCGGUUGACUGGCCGCGAGGUGGAGGAGAACGCCCUCCAAAAGUGCUGGAGGCGCCACGAGGCAGUGGGCGUUCCCACGCGUCCGGCGCCGGCCGACGCACUGAGAUCCGCGUCCCUGCAGAGCUCCUAUGAUCGCUGCGCCAGGGUGACUGCUGAGUACGCCAAGACUUUCUACCUGGGGACCUCUCUGAUGACCCCUGAGAAAGCGCGGGCCACGUGGGCGAUCUACGUAUGGUGCAGGCGCACGGACGAGCUGGUCGACGGGCCCAACGCGCCGAGAAUCACGCCCCAGGCGUUGGACAGGUGGGAGGAGCGGCUGGAGGCGCUGUUCGAGGGUCGCCCCGUGGAUAUGUUGGACGCCGCGCUCACUGACACUAUCGACCGAUUUCCGAUCGACAUCCAACCGUUUCGGGACAUGAUCGGUGGCAUGCGGAUGGAUCUGGUGAAGAGUCGGUACCAGACGUUCGACGAGCUGUAUGAGUACUGUUACCGGGUGGCGGGUGCGGUGGGGCUGAUGACGGCGCCGGUCAUGGGCAUUGACCCAAAGUACGGCGGGCCCUUAGAGCCUGUGUAUCGAGCGUCACUGGCCCUCGGGACGGCCAACCAGCUCACCAAUAUCCUGCGCGAUGUGGGCGAGGACUCUCUGCAGCGCAACCGCAUUUAUGUGCCCACUGAGGAGCUGGACCAAUUCGGCAUCCCCGAGCAGGAGCUCCUGCGCGGCGGUCUGUUCGCCUCGACCAACGGCCGGGUGGACGACCGAUGGCGGGCGUUCAUGAAGUUUCAAAUCAAACGCGCCCGUGAAUUCUUUUUGACGGCGGAGGAGGGCGUGCACGCGCUGGACGCGGACGCGCGCUGGCCCGUGUGGUCCGCCCUCAACCUGUAUCGCCAGAUCCUGGACGCUAUUGAGGAGAACGACUACAACAACUUCACCCAAAGGGCUUAUGUCACUCGGUGGAAGAAGCUGCUGGCGCUGCCCGUGUCAUACGGCCAGGCCAAGUUCCCGAAGAAGGCGCCCUUCGGGCACGCGCCCCCCAGGCCUCGCUAUCAGGAAGGGUAG